AUGAGACAGACCACAGGCUUGGAAGAUUACUACAUCUACAGAAAUAAACUAAAGCUUUCCACCUGUGUAAGCGUUGGCGGAACCUAUGGAUUACCUAUUUUUGGAGAUAAGAACCUCGUAUUCCAGGUGCUUAAAGAAUUGAUUCACGAGAACUCUCCGCUUCGUACGAACUACAAGGAAGUUGACGGCGUGGAAAAGUGGCAGCUUGAUCCUGUGAAAACUAUUCUUUACGAUGACGUGGUUAAACCGUGUCCAUAUACUGAAUGUUCUGCCGAGUUUCUUGAAUGGUCUCAUUCAUUAGAGAAUCGGUUGGAAAUUGGAUCUUAUAAACCAUUAUGGAGACUUAAUAUUCUUAAUGACUUUACAGCCUGCUUCUCUUACGACCACACUGCUAUGGACGGUAUAAGUGGGAUGGCUUUCCAUUCCAAGUUUAGAGAAGCAGCAGAAAAGUAUGUAAACGGAGAUAAGAACAACCAAAUUGAUGGUUCAAGUCUUCUAUACGAGGAUUUCCAAGUUACGAGAUGUGAGAAAAAGAUGCCCAACGGAGAAUUACUUCACAACUUCAACCCUCCUAUUUUAACUAAAGUAUCAAUGCUCUGGCUGAUUUUGGUGAAUCCUUCGAUCCAGAAACUCCUUGGUAGAGCACAUGCCAGCGUACCUAAAACAGAGUAUAAAUCUGAUACAAAGGUAGAGAUUAUUAACAUAGAUUCGGAAACGCUUAAAGCUAUACAACUUAGAUGCAAAGAAGAGAACGUUAGACUUGUUUGCUGGAUUAUUACAUGCCUACAACUGGUUUUGAAGGAAUUUCUUCCAAAAAACCAGAGCUUACAAGGUAACAUUCCUAUUAACGUUAGACCGUUAAUUAAAGACAUCGGAACACCGCUAGGACUUUACGUUUGUGGAUUUACUAUUCCACUUGAAGCAUUAGACUUCAAAGGAGACGAAACCCAAACCAUUUUAAAGCAAGCUCAGAAGCGGUCAAUAGAAGUUGACGGAGUGCUUAAUGAUGAUUGUAGAUAUCCAAUUUACUCUAUCGGUCUUUUGAGAGCGAUUCCUUCUAUAAAGAACUAUUUGGAGAAAGGGAUAACCCAAGACAGAGAGACGGCUUUAGAAUGCUCUAAUUUGGGAUUAUUCAAACAACCAAAGGAUAGCGUUUUAAGAGUCCAAGAUCUUAUAUUCAGUAAUGCUGAUUUCGUCAAUGGCAGUGCUUUUGCCGCCUAUUGUGUUAGCACAGAAGAAGGGGGAUUGAAUAUUUGUUUGGUCAACAAUAAGGAGUAUUACAAGCACGUGAAUACUGUUAGUGAAGAACUCAUAAAGGUGCUCAAGAGUAUCAUAAACUAA